AUUAUAAUUAUGAUAAAUCUUAUUCAUCAUUCAAUUCAUUUACACUUGAUGUUUACUAUUGUACUUGUUUCAUGUGUAGUAACAGUGAAACUUGAACAAAUUGCUUGUAAUUAAUUAUCAACGUGCUUUUUUGCGGUCACAUGAAUAUCAUUUAUGAAACUGAUCAGUUGUUGUUAAACACAUGAAAACUACAUUCGGAUUUCAUUUGUUUUCUGGAUAGAUAAAUAAACAACUUUUCUAAUUACUUCUUAAAUUGAACUGAUGCAUUUAUGCAACUCGAAUUCAUUACACUUGGAUAUUAUUUGGAUUAAAGCUGAACUACAUACAUUUUUGCAUUCACUUUACUCAUUCACAUCAUCACAAUCAAUAUUGUUGUCGUCUUUGUCAUUGCCAACGUCAUCAUCAUUAUCGUUUUUACCCUCAACCAUAUCUAAAAUAUUUUUCAAGCUAUUUUCCUUACUGAGAUCAUUAGUACGGUUCAACGAUAUUCUCGUGACAUAUUAUUUACGAUUUUACGUGAUAUGCAUUAAAUAUCUACUAGGACAAUGUUUAACCCGAUACAGGACUAUUAUGACAAAUAAGGAUGUCAUUAAUUAUCGGUAUUUCAAAAACAACCAUAGAAUCCAGUUGUCAUCAAAACGACGUACUCACUUUCAUCAACAUCUCUCAUGGUAUAGAGAGAUAAAAACUGUUUCUGAUCAUCUGAAAUCCUCAAAAAAUAUGAAUUAUGAAACAGCUAUUUCUGACACUGCUCAUAAUGAAUGUAUAAAUACUGAUGAAUAUGAUUCCAGUAAACAUUUCCGAUGUUAUUCAUAUCGAACAAUCAGUUCCGAAAGUAGUUUUCAUCGAUUUGAAUUUACCAUGCAAUAUUAUGCUAUAUUUGUGUACAUAUUAUUCACUUUAUUCAAUGUACAAUGUAUCAAUGGUAAACCUACUUCAUUGUCUAAAAAUGGAACUUUUGCCGAAACCACUUCAUCGAUUUACUCUUCCGACUUAUCAUCAACAAUAUCGCCAAAUUUAUCUUUAUCUCCACCCUCACUAGUAAUAUCGUCUAAUCACACAAUGGAAGCAUCAAGUGUGGAUGAUUUAUUGUUACAGUAUUUAGAUUUAUCAACUUUUCAAACAUUAAGUUCUACUCAUUCAAGUCGUAAAGUACCGAUAACAAAUGUGAUUAUGCGUUCACAUAGAUCUAGACGUAGCUUAUCAUUUUAUAUGUCUAAUUUAGAUACUUCACCAUUGCUUUUAACUCCGUUCGCACAAAAUUAUUCAAUGAAAGCAAGAUUUUUAAGCAUCGAUAACAAUGGAACUAUUAAACUGGUUAAAUCCUAUAAAGAUACAUCUGCACUGAUUACGAUUUCGAUAAUUGCUGAGUGGUCAACGCCAAUGAACAAAGACAACUUACUAAAAAAAUUACUACAACCACGUGAUGGAUCGCGAGUAAUCCUGCGUAAAUUUGCCAAAAACAUAUGUAUAUGUAUGCAUCUGAAUGGGACAGUCUAUACAGAGCGUAUAAUUAACCAGACACUAACCGAUAACUGUGAAUGGCACCUCAGAGCAUCAAGGCAUGGAAUAGGCUUUGAACGCCGACUAACUGAAGACGACAUCACCGACGAAUCUCAAAAACACUUCCUUUUUAAUUCAUUUACUAACGCAACAAUCUAUGAUGGAACGUCUCCAACGUUAAAUGUAAUUGAUGAGAAAUCCUAUACAUUAGCUUCCGGUUGGACUCAUCAACUGUGGCAACCUGAAGCGACGUGGCAAGUUUAUGGAUUUCAGCCAAAAGGGUUACUAGCUGUUAUUGAAAAACAAAGAAACUCCUCAAGUUUCCAACGUUUCGUUUCAAUGCAUAAAGAAGGUUCCAAUCAAUCGGACGUAAAUAGCACCUCAACAAUAUCUCCAUCAUCCUCAAGUAAUACUGUGAAAAUAGGUUCACAAGAAAUGUUAGUUUUAGAAGCGCCUGCCUAUCACUUCAACACACUGCAUCACAAAGCAAAACUUAAGCACUGUAGCAUGCUGAAAAAUAAACUUGCAAAACUCGUACAAACGGAAUUGCUUAUGAGUUUACAAAUCCUAGAUAAAUAUAGACAAGCCUUUUGGGAUUUCAAACGUCUUAUUAACAAACAUUCAAUGACUAAUCAUAAGUAUAAUAUUAAUAAGGUAACAUCAAAUACUCUAGCGGAACUGCUAGAUCAGUGGUUGAUGCUUCUGGACUAUAAAUGGCGCCAGACAAUUAGAUUAACCUACAUUACAGAUUCAGUGUCCAAUUACCAAGUGGACAAUUGUUCGUUGAGUUUCAAAUCAUCGUUCGAAAUAAACACUGUUGGUAAUGAUAGUGAUGAUAGAAUACUAGUUAAAUUUUAUGAAACACAACUGAAAACAAAGAUAUAUUAUGAUCUAUUUGAAAUUGUACAGGAUAUAGUCCAGUGGACUGGCGAACAAAAACGGAAUUGGCUACAGAACCCACGGGUUAUGAAAUUAUUUCACUAUUUACAUAUCAAAUGUCCAUCGUCAAAAAAGUUGAGGCAAGCCUCAUUCAUAUUAAGACAAUAUCUACCAAAUUACUCACCAGAAGUAAUUCAUUCCAAGAAUAAUUUUCAUUUUGGUCUCAUGGGUAACUUGGAGCCAGCAACAUUUAAAAAGCUCUUAGCACGUGACAUUAAAUUAGCUAACAAACUAAUUGACCGGGCUGUUUAUAUGAAAUUUGAAGAGUAUUAUUUUUGGCCGAUAUUACGACAUGUAAAUACGAAAGCGAUCGUGGAACACUCGAUUUUCUUUGAAAAUGAUGUGCGCAAUGAAAUCAAACAAAUGCCUUCGAAUAGCAUGUGCUACAGGCUAUUUAUGAGGAACUGGAAAUUUUAUAGAGAAAAUGAUUCACCUAGAUCAUGUUUAAAAUAAUACCACUUCCUAAAUUUACAAUUACAAUUAUGUCAAACUACUACAUAGUAGUAUAAAUCUCUUCACUAAAGUUAUAGAUUUUUAUUUGGUUGUUCACUGUUUUCGCAAGUAUCAUUUUCACAGUAUUUAACCCACUUAAUACAUUUCAAUCAGUUGUUGUUUUUUUUAAUUUAAGAAUGAACUGUGAUGCAUUUAAAACCAUGAUCAUUUUUAUUGUGUUUAAUAUUACUACUAUUACGACCACCAUUAGGACUAUUGAUAUAAUGUUGGACAAGGACGUUUACAACUGAUACUCUAUUAACAUAUACACACUAUCUUCGUAUUCAAUUUCAUUUGUACACAAGUACUAUUUCGUCAGUAAUGUUUGAGUUGAACACUAAUUAAAUGUAAAUAGUCAUUAAGUUUAAUUAUGAAUGACCGUGAUGAACAAGUCAACAUUACAAGAUUAUUCUAAAGUGAAAGAAAAUAACAUAUGUAUGUGCACAUUCUUUUGUAUAUCAAAACACAUGUAUAUAUUAUACAUACAUACAUCUGCAAAUUAUAUAAAUACAUAUUUGUAAUGUUAGUAUUUAAAAUAUUCUCUUUUGCAAUUGUUCAAUGAAUACUUUAUAAUGCUAUAUUCAUAAUGAUAUUAUGAAUCUAAAAAGAAAUAGGAAUAUAAAUCGAAAUGGAUAUCCGAAAUUUCCCACCUGAUUGUUGUGUGUUUUUGUUCUAAUUGCCUUCAUUUUUUACCACAACUACUAUCCUUUGAUUAUGUUUGUAAUACGCAAUUAUACAUAAACACACACGUAUACUAAUACACACGCAGACAGAUACAAACGAAUAAGUACACUUACACUUAUUGUAUACACUUAUGAAUUACCAAUGUUCCUUUUUCUUAUUGUUAAUAAUAAGUGAGAACAAAAACAUUUGAUGGAUAAAAAAUUAUUGGACUUUUUGAUGAACACCAGAUUAUUGAACACUUAUUUAGAACCUUUUUGUCUGAAAAGUUGUUCAUGAUAUACAUUCAUGGCUACCUAAAUUUUAG